UGGGAACACUCAACGUAAGUGGGAGGGGCUGUGUGUGGUCCAGGAUAUGGAUGCCAGCAAGCAUGUCUAGAAGAACCAAGAAAGGAGGAAAGAGAAAGACGAAGGCUGAGCCUCCUGUGAGAGCUGCAGCUAAAAGUGAUGUUCGUUUGGUGAUCAGCAGUGAAGUGAGGGCAAGGAACUUUGCGGCCCUCGAGUUGGAGCUCCUGGGUCCAUUCCUCUUUGGUCAGAGCACAAUGUGUCAGGCAGCCGUUGAAAUGUGGCAGAAAGAGGGUUUGUUAGACGCGGGGGAGACGUGUCUACCCGUGUUCUUCGGUCGUGACAAAUGGGAGGGUGUACGGAGGGCUGUAGGUAUCGUGCAAAUUACUCUUAAAUUAGCUAAGAACGAUCAACAUUUCUUUGAGACUGAGCACGUGUUUUCUAAGGAUGUACAACAGAACGGUCUCUUCAUGCACGAAGUGGCUGUAAGCAAUUAUGACAUGCAAAGAGUAUCUUCCGUGAAGGCUUUUAAUCUGUUUGCAUCUGCCAGUUGCCAUGUGACUGAUUUUUCGAAGCGUGUCCAUCGCAGUGCCAAUGGAGAGGUGAUAUCGUCCACUCUCACAGACAAGGAGAAACUCAUUGCCCCAGUCAAAGACAGAGGGAACACUAACUUCAAACAAGACAGAUAUAAAGCUGCCAUUGGGGACUACACCACAGCCAUCAAGCUAUGUCCGUUUAAUCCUAUCCUCUACUGUAACCGAGCGAUGUGUUACCUGAGAAACGAAGAGUUCUGGUGUGCGUGUCUGGACAGCUAUCGUGCUGUUGUCCUGCGUUCUGGUUGGGAGAAAGCAUAUUAUCGCUGUUCCGAGGCCUGGGCUAAACUGGGGGAGCCGAAAGUAGCUCUGAUCAUCAAUCGAGAAGGUUUAAGGGAGUGCAUUGAAUCGGGGGACCUUCACAAACCGUCUGCUGAGCUAUAUCCAGAUGAAGAGGAGCCAUGGUCUACUGAACCAAACGAGGAGGGAAUGAUAAGGCUUCCAAAGUCAUUGGGACCAGCAAAGCUGGCAGACCUGAUACAGGAAAUUGCUGAAAAGGAAGUCAAGAAACAAACAGAACAACAUAAAACAACAGAGAAACAAAGACCCCAGGAACAGGCACAGCAGCAUCAUGCAAAGAUCUCCGAGCAAAAGAAAGCUCCAUCGAAGAAAGUUCAUUUAUACACUGGUUUCGAGCCAUUGACGUGUCCAUUGCUAACAAGCCCUCAACUAACGGUCAAGUCUCUCAAGAGCCUCAGUAAGCAAGUGGAGUUACAAUACUACCAGCCGUCAGCGUACUUCAGCCGUGGGCACGACUGGGAGAAGCUGGAGCCCACACCACGCCCACUCACCACACCCCUCACGAACCCAGACACAAUUCAGGAGCCGAUGGAUGCAGUAUUUGAGGAGAUAUGGUGUCCUCUGAUUGCUGAGUCAGCAGACAGACUGCGUAUGGCACCGUCCAGCAUUCAAUACCUGACAGAUCAGGACAUUGUCAGAGAAAAACGACUUUAAUUAAAUAAUUCUACCAAAUUUUUGUUCUGAAUACACCCUUGAUAUCCAUGGUACAACUAUUACAUGUAUAAUAUAAAAUUAUAUAGUAGA